AUGCCGGUGAAGGUGUUCGGGUCGCCCACGUCGGCGGAGGUCGCUCGCGUCCUCGCCUGCCUCUUCGAGAAGGACGUCGAGUUCCAGCUCAUCCGCGUCGACUCCUUCCGCGGCCCCAAGCGCCUCCCGCAGUACCUCAAACUCCAGCCGCACGGCGAGGCGCUCACCUUCGAGGACGGCAACGUCACCCUCGUCGAGUCGAGGAAGAUCCUGCGCCACAUCGCGGAGAAGUACAAGAACCAGGGGUACAGGGAGCUGUUCGGCCCGGGCGCGCUGGAGCGGGCGUCCAUCGAGCAGUGGCUGCAGACGGAGGCGCAGAGCUUCGACAUCCCCAGCGCCGACAUGGUCUACAGCCUCGCCUACCUGCCGCCCGACAUGCCGCUCGACGGCGGCAGGGGCGGCCUCCCGGCGGCGGCCGGGGCCGGCGCCGGCGGGAUGAACCCGACGCACCGGCAGAAGAUGGAGGAGAUGCUGCAGCUGUUCGACAAGAGCCGCAAGGAGCUGAGCAAGCUGCUGGACAUCUACGAGCAGCGCCUGGGCGAGGAGGACUUCCUGGCCGGCACCAAGUUCACGCUCGCCGACCUGUCCCACCUGCCCAACGCCGACCGCCUCGCCGCGGACCCGCGGUCGGCGCGCCUCAUCAGGUCGCGCAGGAACGUCAGCAAGUGGUGGGACACCAUCUCCCGCCGCGAUUCCUGGGUCAGGGUCAAGGAGCUGCAGCGCCCGCCGUCCGCGGAGGCGCCCUUCUGAGAGCCCGAUCGCAAGUUAAAGCGGUGGCCAUUGGCAAGCGUACCUACGGGUUUUCGGCUGUGAUGCCGGUCUCUGCAUAUUUCCAUUGUUCUGAAUGAAUAAACGCCGCUGGCCCUGGGUCAGUGGCCAUUGUUCAUGGUGUAAUAAAUCGUUCAAGAGCAUAUCCUGCUCCUUGUCCUGAGAUUGAACU